UUUUGAAGUUCAGUUUUUAUUCAAGGCUAAGAGAAACGCACAUAAUUAAAUAAUAAUUAUGAAUUCAUUUAAAUUAUUCAAAAUUUUGGUUGCUUAUAUUUCAAUUGUUGCUGUUGCAAAUGGCAACUUAGUUACGCUGGACGGACAAUGUCCACCUGCCAAACUGAAUCCAUCUAACUCGAUUAUUCCAGUGAUACCAAAGGCGAUAUUUACUCAACUUGCUGAAACAGCUCCAGAGAGUGGUAUGAACCGAACUGAUGCCGUUACAAUUUGGCUGCAACGUCCCGAAGAAAUAGAAAUCAGAAAUGUAGUUCGAUCCAAAGAGACGGGAGAUUGUGUUGUAUAUUCAGCAUUUAUGAAGGGUCCCGAUCCAAUGACUGGUGAAUUUGAUGCACUUUAUCAAGUUGCACCUGAUACAGGUUUUGUUGGGUAUAAAGUACAGUUUUUGUGGUUUGAUCCAUCAUCUCUCACUGGAAUUGCACUUGCUUGUCAUAAUUUAUCCGAUUCACAAUACCAAGCUGAAAUUUUUGUAUUAUCAGCAACUCAGACAGAAUACAAUGAAGUUAUGCAAGAAAUAGUUAAAGAAGUAUUAGAAGAGAAUAACAUUGAAGUUUUAAAUCAAUACAUGGUUAAAAUCGACCACGAAAACAAAUGCUUUUAAAGAUGAACUUUUUCGAUACUAAUAAGGUUUAUAUCUUUUAAUUUUAAAAAUUGUGUUCAGUCAAAAAGUAUUAUACGUGUAGAUAUUACAAACUUUUUUCUCGA